AUGACUCACGCCUCAAAAUCACAUUCUGAUCCAUUCAGACGAGGAGAGCACCGAGCCGAAAGAGACCGGGACAUCCAAACAAGUCGUCCCGAACUCAUCCUCACUUCACAACAACGGUCUCUCCACGCCUCCUCGCAGCCGUCAUCCCCUCACCUGCCUCCGGCAACCUCACCCAGCUCCCUCUCUAACCCCAACAUCCCACUUCAUCUCCUUCUCGGUACUCUCCUACCCUCUCUCUCCGCCGCUCUCACACCGCAGGGAUUCUCCUCCGUCCUCCCAGCUCACUCUCACAUCGGCGAAGUUCUCUCCCUCCCCACCCAAUCCCUCGUCACCCCCCUCCCCUCACCGUACGAUACUCAGCGAACACACUCGCCUCACCCGCCUCCCCUCUCUUCCUCCCACUAUCCCACUGCCUCCUCAUCUCCCUCGCCCACUCAACCAACAGAGCUCGGUGUCUCCCUAAUCUCGCUACACCGUCCUCACCAGUCUCCCACCUACCCGCACUACCAGCACCUCCCAACACCCAACACGAUAACCUCAACCCACUCCCCCCGGCUGCUCUCACUCCAUCCAUCCUCUCAGUCAACCUCUCCGUCUCACUCCAGUACCCAUCCCAUCAUCAACUAG